AUGUCGAAAGAGAAGGCCAGUGUGGAGGUGUCCAAGGAAUCCAAGAGCGGUAGCCAAGUGGAGUUGAAGCAGGGACAAAAGAGGAAGCGUGUGGAAGUGGCCAAGAAGGGCGAUGGGAAAUCGAUCAAAUUCGAUGAACCGAAUGCCUCCAGGGUCGAUGAAGCCGACGUGAAGACGGAGGCGCCAAGUCGAAGAUCAGGAUCGCCAUCUCAACGACAAAGCUCCAAGCCGUUAUCAAAUCCAGGCCGAAAGGACAACAAAUCAUCAGGGCGAAACGGGAAGUUGGCGAAUACAAAGCAUCAACAGAGCAUUCCACCUCACCUUUUGCGCAAGCGUGAUGAGCUUCUACCCAAGAGAAAAGCCCUCCCCAUCUGGCUAAAAGUGGACGAAAUCAAAGCCUCCCUCAAGAAAAACAACGUCCUCGUCCUGACCGGAGAGACAGGUUCCGGAAAAUCAACCCAAGUCCCACAAUUCCUGCUGAAUGAGAAAUGGUGCACAAGGUGCAUAGCAAUCACACAACCUCGACGAGUCGCUGCUAUCUCCCUAGCGAGACGUGUAGCUGAAGAGAUGGGUAGUUAUAUGGGUAGCCAGAGCCCUAUGGCGAAAGUUGGCUACAGUGUGCGUUUCGACAAUGCAACGGGACCAAAUACGAAGAUCAAAUUCCUCACAGAGGGAAUGCUGCUUCAAGAAAUGUUGAGGGAUCCGGUUAUGUCGCAGUACAGCGCUGUUGUUGUCGAUGAGGUGCACGAACGCAGUGUUAAUGUCGAUUUGAUCCUCGGAUUCUUGAAGAAUCUGGUUGCAGGGGUCGAGCAGAGCGGCAAGAAACGCGAUCAACCUCUCAAGGUCGUCAUCAUGAGUGCUACGGCGGAUGUGGAGGCACUCGUGGAUUUUUUUGACGACUCCGGUGCGUCAGAAAAGACAUUGUCGGCGUCAAACGAUGAUGCGGAUAUGAAAGAUGCACUAGAGCAGGCAGUCACGAGCCGCGUUUCCAAAUGCUUCGUGGAAGGCCGACAGUUUCCAGUCGAGAUGAUCCACCUACCGAGCCCUACGCAGGACUGGGUUGAGUCAGCGCUCAAGCUCAUCUUCCAAAUACACUACAAGGAGCCGCUGCCAGGAGAUAUUCUGGUGUUUCUUACAGGCCAAGACACGAUUGAAGGGUUGGAGAAGCUCGUGAACGACUAUGCGGAGGGCAUGGACAAUGAAGUACCUAAACGCAUCUUCGAACCGACACCAGUCCGCACACGAAAGGUAAUACUAGCAACAAACAUCGCCGAAACGUCCGUCACGGUGCCAGGUGUUCGAUAUGUCAUCGACUGCGGCAAGUCAAAGACCAAGCAAUUCCGCAGCCGUCUCGGCCUUGAAUCACUGCUCGUCAAACCGAUCUCCAAAUCUGCAGCAAUCCAACGCAAAGGUCGCGCCGGUCGAGAAGCCCCCGGGCAGUGCUACAGACUCUACACUGAGUCGGGCUACGCCGAAAUGGAAGAGCGCACCACCCCCGAGAUCCUGCGCUGCGACCUCAGCCAAGCGAUCCUGACGAUGAAAGCGCGCGGCGUGAACGACGUCCUCAACUUCCCCUUCCUCGACCGCCCACCCCGUGACGCCCUCGAGAAAGCUCUCCUGCACCUGCUGCACCUGCAAGCGCUCACCGAGACCGGCACAAUCAGCGAGAUCGGAUUGAAAAUCGCGAAAUUUCCGCUCACACCGACCCUCGGCCGCGUGCUCGUCGAAGCCGCAAAACCCGAGCGCGACUGCCUCCUCGACGUCAUCGACAUCAUCUCCGCCCUCAGCGUGGAAAACGUAUUCCUCAACCUCGUAACCGAAGAGCGCAAAGAAGAAGCCUCCGAAGCGCGGCGAGAACUCUACCGCCGCGAGGGCGACCACAUGACGCUCCUCGUCACCGUGCAGCGCUACGCAGAAGAGCAAUCCGACCGCAAAGCCUGGUGUAUUCGGCACUUUGUUUCGCAUCGCGCGAUGCAGAACGUCAUGAAUGUGCGCAAGCAGCUGCGGCAGCAGUGUCAGCAGCUCAAGCUCCUUGCGCCGGGAGAGGAGCAGGAUAUGAAGGCUCCGUCGGAGGAGAGGACGAAGAAUGUCUUGGCGUGCAUGUUGAGGGGGUUUGUGGCGAAUACGGCGAGGUUGAUGCCGGAUGGGAGCUAUAAGACGCUGAAUGGGAAUCAGUUGGUGGCUAUACACCCUGGUUCGGUUUUGUUUGGGAAGAAGGUGGAGGCGAUUGUGUUUAAUGAGUUUGUGUUUACGGGGAAGGCGUGGGCGAGGGGGGUUAGUGCGGUGCAGUUGGACUGGGUUUCGGAGGUCAUUGACUCCAUUCUGUAG